CCCAGCGCACAUCCCUCCUCUUCUCUUUCUUUUUUCUGGUUUUCUUUCUCUCUCUCUCUCCAUCCACGAAUACUCAUCAGUAUAGCCUCUCUCUCUCUCUCACUCCCGGCCUUCCUUUUGGGAGUCACGAACGAGCUCUCUCUCCGCCAUCUCCGGCCGUCGUUCUGUCCGCCAUCUCCGGCCAUCACGAGCGCUCUCUCCUACCAUCUCAGAGAAAAAUGGACAAGAGUUGGAUGACAAAGUCUAGGGGUACGAGGGAAUACAGAGAUGGUUGUCGAUCGUUCGUUGACUACGCAAUUAGGAAUUGUACAAUUCCUGAUGGAUUAAUUUACUGCCCAUGUAAGGCGUGUCGCCUUAGCCAACGCCAUCUGCCAGGUGUGGUACUCGCCCACUUGACAGGUGGGAAAGGAAUAAUUACUACAUAUAAAGACUGGAUUUAUCAUGGUGAGAGGCCUGUACGGGGUCAACUUGAAGGCUCUAAUUCAAAUUGCCCGGCCACAUAUGCGGGUCCCACGCAGGACACGCAGCCCGUUGACCCUGCUCGACGACCAUUGGACAAAAAUCAAGUCCGGGUUAUAAGUAUCAAUCCUGAUGAUGGAAGUGAAGUAUUUGAGGUGAUUGACAUCAAGCCUUUGAACAAGUUGUGGGGGCUCCCUGGCGGGAAAAGGAUGGUGUGCGAGUAUAACCUCUCGUGGCAACCCGUCGGACAAAGCGCGUCGAAGUUUAGCCGGAUGACAGGAAAGAUUAUCCGGAGUGGCACUUAUGUUAGGAUAUGCGACGACUGGAUGAAGGUAACAGAGCGUACGAAAGAGGAUAUAUGGGAUGCGUUGAUGAAGCACUUCUACGUCCCGCCUGAGUCAAAUAUCAUGGCCGUAAAACGGAACGCGUUUAAGGAUAUGGGCUCCAAGCUGAAGACUUGGAGACACGAAUUAAAACAAGAACUUAACAUUAAGCCAGGCGAUACUCCUGAGAUAGUGAGGGCGAGGGUUAGGGACCAAAGGAUUUCUAAGUAUGACAGAAUGGACAUAGAAAUUAUGUUGAAUAAAUGGUGUGAUAAGAAGAAUCAAGAGUGUGCUACAUAUAUGAAGCGACUGCGAUCAAUGAACAACACGCCACACUGCACCGGCUCGAAGAGCUUUGCUAGGGUGACACAUGAAGAAACCAUAGAUACGGGCACUCCUCCUACACGAGCGCAGUCUUACAUUAAGACACAUAAAAAUAAGGACGAUCAAUAUCCAAAUGAUGUGGUCAAGAAGAGAUGUGAGAGGAUGGAGGAGCUAAUACCGACUGACCCUGCUGCAUCGUCGAGCAUGACCGAGGGGACUGUACGGUGGGCACCUAACGACGCGUAUGCCCAGGCGCACGGCAACAAGCCUGAGUAUGCUGGCAGAGUUCGACAAGUUGGUCCAUAUAUUCUACCAGUGCGGGGCAACAUACAUUCGUAUUAUACACCGUCUCAAGCACGGUCGCAGAACCCCGUGAACUCAACGGUCGCAGAAAUGAUAGAAAUGACACCUGAAGCUGAAAGGGAGCAGCAUAGGGCACAAAUGGAUAUGGCGUUAGCUGCAAGAGAUGCUCAGAUGGCAGAGCAGGUUGCUGAGCAGAUUGUUGGAAGGGAGGCUCAGAUGGUGACGCAGCUUGCAGAAAAUGAUGCUCAGAUGGCAGCAAAAGAUGCGUCUUUUGCUGCCAUGGUUGAGGAGCGUUUUCGACCGCUUAAGGCCAUGUUUGAGGAGCGUUUUCGACAGCUUGAGGCCAUGUUUCAGUUGAGGGCCGCGUCCGAGGUGACUCGUCAUAAUACGAUUGUGUCGGACACAGAGUCCACAACCCGUUUGAUAGUGAGGUCCUCAGUAGGGAGUGCAUCAGCUGGUGCGGAGAAGUCGUUAAGUGAGGAUGAUAUUGACUUGGAUUGAGUAAGUGGUUGGCCGUUCGUAGUUG